AUGUCCUUCAAAGAAGCUGUGGAUACUCCCAAUGAAGUAAUUACAGUUCUUGCUAGCGCAGAAGACGAAGAAGCUCUGGUAAAAGUUGCGAAGAUCUAUAACGACAUUGUUGAAGAGCGAUCGCUACAGCAGGAAAGUGUCAAGACGACCUUGCGGGCCCUAAGUAAAAUAUUAGCGAAGAACGAGGAGGAGGAAAAAGCUUUGAGAGUCGAUGAAAAACUGCCGGCAAUAGAGAAGCUGCAAGUUGAAAAAGAUACCACUGUAAAGCACAUCGAAAAACUGGAGGCCGAUGUCAAAGUCUUCGAGAAGAAUAUUACUGAAAAAGAGGCAGAAAUGAAGGAAUGGACAGAGAAGGCCGCAGAAGUGAAAACCGAUCGAGUGGAAGUUCUUCCGCAAACGAAGUACAAUUUCAGCCUGUAUACAAACGUGAGCCAUAUAAGAUGGGAUUAUGAAUGCGACGAUGACCAAGUUAAAGGAUUUAUUGCGAACUUAAACGAUGUCAAACCAUUCUGUUUCAGUAAAAGUGAAAAAACCAAAUACGAUAUUGUUAACGCCUUGUGGGAACUUUUGGAUGGCUGACUCUAUGUUGACGGGGAAUGAAAGAAAACUCAUCCUUGGAAUAUAUAUAUGUUAUAAGCGUAUGAUGUUUUUAGACAAUUUUAGAGAAUGUUUUUAGCGUGUUUGUUGUGAAAUAUUAACAAUAUUUUAUUUCACUGUUAAUUUUUCAGCAAGGAAUUAUUUACAUGCAUUGACUAUGCAGGCUUCCCGGUUGUGUCCUCGUGUACCGGUACACAAAGGAAGGAAACAUUAACGAACUGCGUCAUAACUCCAUGUAUGGUUAUGAAAACAAAAGGAAUCUCGUGUACCGGUACACCAGGACAGCCCCGGCUUCCCUAUUGUUGUAGACAUUACUUUUCCUAAUAGCAUAUAUACGUAUAUAAAAGCAAUGUCUCCGAACAUAAGUUUGAAAGUAAAAGCAAUUGUCAUUAUUUACCAAGCCUGAGGCCUUGUUCAAGCGAUUGUCAGAAAAAAACGUAACUUUUAUUUAUUUCUUUGCUUCCAACUUGUCACAAAGCUUAUAACAAAGACACAAACUGGUACAAAGAAUGAUUAAGGUUAUCAUGUAAACUGCCUAUGAAAGAAGAAAUGCUUUUUGUUAAUGUAUGUUACCAAGGUGUUAAAUAGGCUUAAAGUGUUUGACCAGAAAUUAUUUGCAGGACUGCUGCUACAAUCACCUUUCACAUGGUGAUUAUGUAGAGAUAUGCAGCUGUAAUGAACCAAUCAGAUCUGGAGAAUCUUGGUAAUCACCUGACCAACUAUACCAAGUGCUUAUGGCUACAAAAAAAGCCUUUUAAACUUAAUAUGAUUUUUAUGUUUUGUAUAAACACAAAAAGAAAUAAAUCAGACCCUCCUACGAUAGCAAGGCGUCAAAUGUGCUCCUCAGUUGUGAGAUUCCAAGCAGAACUUCACAGGGACUAGGCAGAGGGAGGGGCUGGGGGGGGGGGCCUUUAGUCCCCCCACUUUUUUGAAAAAAUAAAAAUAAAUUGAACAAAAAGUAAUUUUAAAUAAUUUUAUGUAAUUUUACAACCUGGAAUUCUCUUGGAUUCAGCUGAGUUUUGUGUGCGGGCUCCCUCAGUCUGUGACAGGAUUUUGGUGUAGAGACAAGGUAAAGAGCAUGCUAAAAAAAUGCUCUCCUUAUCAUGCCCUUUAUCCCUAGGGAAUUCACCUUUUCGAAGGGCAAAUCCCCAGUGAUGAGGUGGCAUUCCUUUCCCUCUUUACUCUUACCCAAAUUUUGUUGGUCUCCAGCCUGUGCUGUGCCCUUAGUAAAUAGGAGCAAGCGGUGCAUGAAAAUUGGCAGGAUUUAUUAUGAUGGUCAAUUUAAAUUAUCACCUGAGUUGACAAUGAUCGAUUAUCUUGUUAUACUCUCCCACUGACACAGUGCCACAGUUUCUAGAAACUUCUCCCUAUAUUUAAUUACAACCACAAUUUGUUGUCUGCCAGCUUUUUCACCCACCCGCAAAGAAGAAACACUUGAACAGGCUAGCUUGCCCUCACAGACCGAGCACUUGUAACAAGCUUAUAUUUUAUUAGACCACUUCACCUUAUGUAAACUCUUCAUAAAUCACUGUAAAUCAUACCUUCGCCAAGUGUCAAAAUAAUGACAUUAACCAUGAUUGAAAUAACACUCUCAAGGAUUGAGGAUUGCAUCAGAGCCUAAAACAAUCAAUCUGGGAUAAAACCAAUUUUCCAUGAUAUAUGCAAAUGAAACGCAAAUAGACUUAUGGGAAAUCCGGAAAUCUCAUUGGUUAAGCUUCAAAGUCAAUAAUCUGAGAACUUGGAUUUUUUUUCUCUUUCACUUUUUUAAUCACUCAUCUAGGUCCUACUCUGGGAGCUAGUUACAGUAUCAACUUAAUCGACUUAGACUCUACUAAUUAAAGCCUCUAGAGGUAUUCUUCAUAGAACAGAAUGGUAGAAGAGAAACAAUAAGAUUUUUUGGAAUCAGACUUUAGAACAUAAGCUUCUUAAAGAGUUGAGAACGCAGAUUAGGUAAUUAAAAAACAACACUGAUUUUCAAUACAUGUCUUAUCUCUCGUUCGUGGUCAAAAAACAGCAGAAAAAAAUCAACAACUUCUGCUCUCAGUGAUAUUAGGUAAUGAGAAAAACAUUCAUUUGAUGUGGCGCCAAUCCCUGGAACAGGUAUCGAGUGCGGAACGUGAUAACGCGCGAAUUUUCAGUAACUCAAGGGAAAAUGAGUCCAAACCAGAAAGUCAAACAACAACAAGAGUUUGUGGCACGCAAACGCCUGAUCUCUCGACUGAAGCUGAAAGAUAAAACAAAUGCCGUCUGUUCAGAGCAAUUAAAUUGACGAGAGCAACAGCCCGUUCGUGUAAUUGACGCACACCUUUAAAAAGUCUCGCACGCAAAAGGCGAUAAUCACGCACGCAAUUUCAAUUGAAUUGAAUUGACUAGGGAAGAAACUCCUCUUAAAAUCUUUGCAUGUUUGGCUUUAUCUGAAGUGAAACGAGAAUUUUUUUUGCAUCAGAACAUGCUGAGACAUUUAUUUCUGAAACGGUAGUGAACGAGGCGGCAGACAGAAAUAGCGGGAAGAUCAAACGGCGGUGUCGAGCUGAGUUGAAGAAGCGCGGAUACCCGUACCCUACCUUCAGAGGUUUCACGUAAGUGGCUGCCGAUGGUGUAAAAGCGGCUGUCUCCGGAAAAGGGGCAAUAAGGAGAACCCUAAUAGCUUUCUUUUAGGCUAAAUUAACAGAUGGCGAUAAGAGGUCUUACAGGCGGUGGGAGAAGACCGGUAACCGGCUUAAGUCUAACAUUGUCAGAGAAUCACAGCCCGGCCAGGGAUGAAAAGAGGUCGAUCGACAUUGCAGCUUCUUAGUCGCGACCCCACAGACAGUCAGUCAGUCUGCGAAAACAAGAGGCUAAUUCUAAUUUGGGGUGUCUUUUUUGUCUGUUUUCUCCUGUUUGUUUGCUCUCGGUAAUAAUAGUAGCUGAGACAUAACAUUUCCACGAAGUGGAGGAACUGUCGAUUCCACCAGACAGAACCUGGCAUGUCUUCCUUUCCUUACCUCCAGUUCUGAACUAUUUUGAAAAGAAAAAGACAAAACAAUACACAGUUAAUAAAAAAUUCAAGUGUCAUUUUGACACCUGAAGUAUACAUAAUUAGAAAAAAGAGGUUUGUGCAAUAUAAAUUCCACCCACGUUCGGGUUAUGAAACGAAAUUUGCAGGCAAGCAUUGGUGCCUUGAUCUGUAUUUAUUACACGCUGAGACAUUCUUCUUUGAUCUUCUAGUUCUAAUCUAGAGAUUGAAUGUUUCAGUUCCGUCUAAAAUUGAUUUUAACGCUGUAAAAAUCCGUGACUGAGCCAACAUCUGUGAUUAAUAUUUAAAAAAAAUUGUUAGAGAGGAAGAAAACAGUAUCAGGAAAUUAAAAUAAAACAGUAUUUUUCUGAAGUUCAUGAACGAAAAUAAAACUAAUUGGUUGUCUGUAGAGUAGUGCCCGACUUGGAUUUUUGUACAGAAAUUGUUUGUACGCACAAUCAGACUGAUUUGAUGUCAUCAGAAAGAAGAAUAAAACAAAAACAAAACCAAAAAUUGAACAAAAAACAGUAACAAAAAAAAAACACUAAUAGGCUUAUGUUAUCUAUACAUGCGUUCAAAUGCAAAACACGUUAUUGAUAUACUUGAAUCUCACGUCGCUGUCGAUGAAUGGUAUGUAAACACUAUAUUUAUCUUCUAACAUUUGACCUUCUAAUACCGUUAUAAUCAUAUGCUGAUCUUCCGCAAAUAAUAGAAUUUAGAAUCUGGGCCGUUUUAUGAAACCUACUCGGCGACAUUUUGUGUCUAAAAUUAUUGGUCAUUUAGCUCACUGACAAAAUACCAACCCUACAGACGAUGGAAAACGCUUCUACCUGUUCUACGCUCUUGAAUUUUCAACCAGCUCUUGAGUGUGUACAUACAUUUUCAAUUUUCUCAAGCCAAAUAUAAACUCAGGCGGCGAACGGGCGUAAGAAUGUCGUAUCCAUUUCGGUUUUAGUUACGUCAUUGGAACAAUGAUACUGCUAUAAAAUGUUUUUGAUGACAGCUAUUUGCAUAAUCUAUGCCCAAGAGAUGUUAGUCUGGAACCGUUCGUUUUGAGAGUUGAACAAUUUUAUUGAAAUUGUUAUUAAGAGCCUCUCGUAAUCUGCUAAUCGAAUUUGGAUGGAAUAUCUGACAUCUUCAGAGCAACCAGUCUUUCUAGGAGCUAUUUUGCAGUGGUCGAAGGAAAUACAUUCGGUCAGGUAAAUCGCGAGUAAACAACAAACUUGCGAACAAAAGUGCGAGGUUUACAAAGGCUCUAUUAAUCAACAAUUGUAUCUUAUGGUAAUAGCUUCAAAGAACUGUUUAAACACUUCAAUGCGAUUGGUCAACAUUAGAAUCCAUUAGAACCCACGGGAUACUGGCCGGAACGUUCGAUCUAAUUUCCAUGACUUGAGGUUUCCGUGCGUUAAAUGAAGUGAAAAGAUUGAGUCAUAAAUGUCUUAACUACGUGGAAAUUGACUUUCUGGAGAGGUGACCUAAAUGAGGACGUAUCAAGGUAGUUUUACGACGAAGGAACCAACAAUUCGCCGGCAAACACAAUAUGAGCUCUAGUAAUAAGGAAUUGUUUGUCAACGGUUCUUCGUUCGAGGACGAGUAUGAGACUGCGAGACUCGCAUCCGUUAUUUAUCUGUGUGCCGUAGGAGUUUGUGGGAUUAUUGCAAACUGUCUGGUGAUUUUUGUAUUUUGGAAAUACCCAAAGCUCAGAACAGCCGCUAAUUUGUUUAUUCUGAACCUGGCAUUCUGCGAUGUGAUGCUUUCCAUCUUAGACAAUACUUUUUCAAUCGCGUCCACGUUGUAUGGAAGAUGGUUGUUUGGUCGCGCCGGUUGUGUUGUGUACGGGUUUUUCCACUACUUCUUCAUCUGCUGUACCGUUUCAACGCUAGCGGCGAUUUCUGUGGAUCGAUUCUUUUUUAUCACCCGGCCGAGCCAGACCCGGGCUGUUCAAGUAAUUACGAGACGAAAAGCGAUUGCAAUAGUACUCAUAAUCUACCUUUAUACCUUUUUGUUUACAUUUCCUCCAUGUGUUGGAUGGAAUUCGUUUGUGGAGGAAAAAGUUUUUUUCAGUGGCUGUUACAUUAACUUUGGCGAUCAAAGAACCUCAUCUAUUGUUUAUUCAGUUAUUGCACCUUUUUUUCUUUUUCUCGUGCCUCUUUCAGUCAUGAUCUAUUGCUACGCGCGCAUUUUUGUCGCUGUACGCCGAAGUACGCAGCGUACAAUAGGAAGAUCACUUGGAACGCCGAAUUCUGUCAAGAAGCGGUAUCCCGUCUUAAAGAGAACACACAUACAGACUGCGAAAAUGAUCAUAGUUGUUAUAUUUUUCUCCAUGAUCGUGUGGGUACCUUAUGUUGUCGUCUCGUUGAUCAAAGCUUCUGAUAGCUACAUUGACCCUCUCCUGUCACACAUUACAGUUGUGGUUGCUAAGUCGUGCGUGAUUUACAAUGUGCUUAUCUACGUGAUGUUAAACCGCAAGCUUAAAGCUGCGAUUUUGGAUGCAGUUUGUUGUGGGAGGCAAAGCUUUUUCCUAAUCGGAUCACCAAGUUCCGCCAACAACGUGAACAGAAAUAGAAUCAGUCGUAUUUUGAGCGAAACGGAGGUUCCUUCCCAAGUCGUUGAGGCCCAGAAGAAUAGAUUGAGUGCUUUGACACUGCAGCGAUCAAACGAGAAUAUGCUCGAAGAAUUUUCUGAUCAUCUUUCUCCGCCUUUUAUCCCGAAGGUAAAGAAUGGUGUUGUGAAAAGCGUAGAGUUUAAAGAUGGCCAAAGAAGAGACACAGUCUUUGGUACUAGCAAAGAGGAGUUGGAAGAAGUUCUUAAUGGAAGAGAUCCCAUACCGGCAUCAGAGUCCAAUGGUGAUACUUUUCACCAUGGAGAAGAUUUUUAUUCAAGACGAAAAAAAGUCUCAAAAAUACAGCGAUCUUUGAAUGGAAAUCAUAUGGGUAAUGGAUCAUUAAUUACCUUGCAUGAUGGAACAUCUGAUCAGAAUCAUUCGCGACAGGGUGCUAGUGAAAAGAGUACACCUUUGAACGCGACAGAUGUAACGUCGCCACGCAAUGGUACACUACCAAUUGAAAGAACACAACAUUUUACGCACGCAACAAAUGAAACGCCUCUGUGUACUUUACCACGAGAAACAGCUGGACAGAAUCUUCAACGCGUCCAUCACCUUUAUUCUUCGGCUACGAAUCCGCGAUCGCAAAAUCUUUCUUCACCAUCACAGAUGUACAAGAAAGGUACAAGACCUGCGAGCGCGCAACGAGUAAAGAAGAGAGAGUCACCCGAUUCGAGUAUUCCGCGCGCGAGUACGAGCACUGAUCAAGAAAGCGAUCUCUCGAGGACUUCUCGCGAGGGAUCUUUCGUUCAACGAUCGGUAAGUAAUUCACAUAAAACUAAGAAACUACGAUCUGGAAAUCGUAGAACGAACGGGAAAAAUACGAUGCCAUCGCGAACGAAAAGUCACGCAAGUUAUGCGAGAAGGGACCACAUAUCAAACAGGGAUCCACUCCACACUUCCGCCCAUGAAUUGCUGGAAAUACAGAAUUUUUGGAAGCGCAUGAGUCUGUGUCUAGACGAUAUUGAUUUGGAUGAAGUGACGAGAGAGAUGGAAAUGGUUUGA